ACCUGUAUUACCAGUCAAAAUAUAACCAAUAAAAUUGUGGAAAAAUAAUGGAAAUUGUAAAUAGUAAUUGUGCAGCUCUGAGCAACUAUGAAGUUAUGGUUCAUUUACAAAAACUCAAAGAUGGGAAAACGAAAAAUAAAGGACAAUUGGCAACAAUUACGUACGAAACCUUACAAUAUUUAGAAAAUACGCCGUGUAAUUUUCAAACGCCUGAAAACAUCGAGGAAUGUUUAAAAGCCUUGGACGCAUAUGGUUUGAGUAAAACUGAAAAAUUGAUGAUGAUUAAUACACCACCGACAACCGCGCUUGAAAUACAACUUAUGAUAGAAGAAAGUGAAGAACGUCUCUCGGAAGAACAAGUCGAAGAAAUACUGCAAUUACUCACUCAGCAUUUCCCGCACCUACUUAAAGAACAAAAUGAGGCUGAAGAAAGAUCGUUUGACUCAUAAAUAAACCAUUUUUUACCA